CCGAGACUCUGCCGGGGCGAAGGUUUCGAUGAUAUCCCACAGUAACUGUCACGAUGUGACCCAAAAUAUAUCUCUUCUCAUCUCUCCCUAGUCUGUGCGCUGUAUGGACUUUGGGCUUACACCUCAGGCCGUCCUGGGCUUCAAUGCCUGGGCGUCUGACGUCCAGAGCGUUGGGCAUCUUCGGCUUGGUUCGAAUGACCUCAAAGCGGAUCCCACAUUACUGGUUCCUGGCAUCGCCACCUGCUUCUCGGUCCUGCUGUUCGUCAUUCAAGGGCUGGGAUCCAUACCUUUCGUCCACCGCCUCCUUGUCCGUGCUGGGAUCUCGUCGGACGAGCCUGUUGCGGACGCGCCGGGGAUUGGCACUGGGGUCAUUCUGCGGUUCCGGAUUGCGCGUUUGGUCGGAUGCUUCGCACUCCUUGGGCUGUCUAUAUAUGCGGCGGUGGAAGGCAUAGAGGGCGCUUUGGUUGCCGCCGUGGCAUAUGGCUACUGCACGAUCCUCUCAGCGCUCUCUGUCAACCCCCGCCGCUCGCGCAGUGCAGUUGUGGGACAUGUGAACCUCGUCAUCCUCGCUUCGCUCGCAGUCUACGUAUACCGGGACAUUGUUCCGCUUGCGACGUUUACCCUGGUCCCCCGGGACGCGGACUCGCCGAUCCUCUGGGCUACCAUCACCCUCCUCUUCGCCACUGGUGUCGUUAUUCCGCUGUUUACGCCGCGGCAGUACAUCCCCGUCGAUCCUUUGAAUCCACACACGGAACUCAAUCCCGAGGAAACCGCGUCAAUCAUCUCGCAUGCGUUCUUUUUUUUCCUGGACGGGAUCAUCUUCCUGGCCUACCGCCAGGGCAAGCUCGACGAACCGCAGCUCUACGCUCUGCGUGACUCCGAUGCCUCUGAGUAUCUCACCCGCAAGAGCUUCAAAUAUCUCGACAGCUACAUGGGGAAAGCGCGUGGGCAUAUCUUUUUUGGGCUCAUGAGAGUUUUUGGAGCGCGUUUCAUCGUAUUGGGCUGUCUGCUGCUCGUCAGAGUUCUCAUGGCGCUUUCGGGGCCAUACGCUAUGAACCAUCUGCUGCUAUUCAUUGAGAAGGGAGGCCAAGAUGAGCCAGUCAAGCCCUGGGUAUGGAUCCUUCUUAUCUUCCUCGGUCCGGUCGUUGCUUCGGUGGCAAUGCAAACCUACGUUUUCAUCAACACUCGUUCCUUGGUCCAAGCGGAAGCCAUCCUUACUCAGCUUGUUUUCACGCACAGUCUGCGUAUCCGCAUGAAAGCGGAAAUAGAGACCCAACAGGAAUCGGCGCCGACCUCCACCUCCGAAACGCCUCGCACGGUGUCUCGCACGGAGUCCCACGAAGAAGAUGAUGAGAACAAUGUGCCUCCCGCGACGUCGGAGAAUGCUGAAGGGGAGGAUGCCCAGUCGAGCACUGUCCACGGUGGAUCUGCGAGCGUCAAGUCUGGCAAAUCAGCUGCUCCAAGUAAGGCGCCGAGCAAGGCUGACUCGCAUAGUACUGCUGCGACAGCGCCUGCUGCCGACAAGCCCAAGUCUGGCGGAAGUCUUGUGGGCAAGAUCAACAACCUGGUGACCACCGAUCUGGAUAACAUUGUCGACAGCCGAGACUUGCUUAACCUGUUCCUGUCCAUCCCUCUGCAGAUCACGUUGGGAAUCUGGUUCCUCCACUCCUUACUCGGAUGGUCUGUCUGGGUGGGCGUUGCCUCUAUCCUGUUGAUGGUGCCCCUCCCGGGAUACAUGGCGAAAAUGGUCCAGUCGGUUCAGAAGGAACGUCUCAAACGAACUGACGAUCGAGUCACGGGCGUCAGCGAAGCUGUGAACUCUCUCCGGAUGGUCAAACUUUUCGGCUGGGAAGAGCGCAUGAAAGAGCGCAUUGACGAGAAGCGGGUGGACGAACUGGGAUGGAUCCGCAAGAGACGUUUCCUGGAUAUGGCUAGCAACAUUGUCAAUGUCUUGAUUCCCAUCGUGACCAUGGUCGCGACAUAUUCGACUUACACUUUGAUCAUGAAACAGCCGUUGAACGCAUCCAAAGUCUUCUCUAGCAUGACCGUAUUCGACUUGUUGCGGGAUAACAUCGCCCAGAUCACCGGUUGGUUGAACAACCUGAUGAGCGGCAAAGUCUCGCUUGACCGCAUGAACGACUUUUUGAAGAACACAGAGCUCUUGGAUAGCUUUGGUGAGAAGAAGGUUGAAGCGCGCGCUCUGAUCAACACUGGUGGCUCGGAGGAGAUUGGGUUCCGACGCGCGACGUUCUCUUGGCAAUCCGAGUCGGAUGGCUCGCUCACCCGGUCGUCUCGCCAUUUCUCACUCAAGUUCGAUAAUGAGAUUAUCUUCAAGCGAGGGAAGAUCAAUCUGGUCGUUGGCCCUACUGGUUCUGGCAAAACCUCGCUUUUGAUGGCCCUCCUCGGGGAAAUGCACUAUCUCCCGUCGUCGCCUGACUCGUGGUACAACCUACCGCGGAGUGGCGGUGUCGCGUACGCGGCGCAGGAGUCGUGGGUACUCAACGAGACGAUCCGGGACAACAUCGUGUUCAACACGCCGUUCGACGAGGAGCGCUACAGACAGGUCGUGCAUCAGUGUUCACUCGAGCAGGAUCUGGCUCUGUUCCAGGCUGGCGACAAAACGGAGGUUGGCGAGAAGGGCUUGACGCUUUCUGGAGGCCAGAAAGCGCGUUUGACGCUGGCUCGUGCGGUGUACUCUGACGCCAGCAUCCUCCUUCUCGACGAUGUACUUGCUGCUCUCGAUGUCCACACCUCUCAGUGGAUCGUCGAGAAAUGCUUCGCUGGACCGUUAAUCCAAAACCGGACUGUGAUUCUUGUCACCCACAACGUCGCACUUACCCGUCACAUCGCAGACUACGUCUGCACGUUCUCCUCGGACGGCCGCAUCAGCGGCCAGGGCACGGCGUCGGAGAUCCUCACUCGUGGCGGUGCUCUGGAGAGCCAGAUCCGGAAAGAGGAGAAGGCAAUCGCCAAGGCGGAAGAAAACGUGGAUGGGACUGAAGCAGAGACCAAACCUGCGGCGGCAGCGCCAGUCGCUGGCAAGCUCAUCGUUGCCGAGGAAGUGCAGAUGGGACAUGUCAGCUCGGCUUCCCUGUUGAUGUACUUCAAGGCGAUGGGCGGUAAUCACGCUACGGUGUUCUGGAUCGUGUUUACGCUCGGCUUGGUUCUGAACCAGAUCUUCACUGCCGUUCGCACGUGGUGGCUGGGCUACUGGGCGCGCCAAUACGAUGACAGGCCAGCCAGCGAUGUCGAUGUUGUGCUGAAUUUGGGCAUCUUCGUUGUCAUAGUCUUGAUCACGGUUCUGACGAUCUUGGUUGCUUUCUUUGCUCUGGUGUUCGGUCAAGUUCGGGCCUCGCGGGUGAUCCACAAGAAGCUCGUCGAUUCCGUUCUGCGCGCGCCGCUGAGGUGGCUGGAUGUCACACCGACGUCACGUAUCAUCGCGCGUGUGACCAAGGAUGUCCGAGCGAUAGACGACUCGCUGCCCAACUUGUUCAUGCCCCUAGCGAGCAUGGUUAUCUCCAUGAUUGUCAAAUUUGGUGUUGUCGUGCUGUACACUCCUGUGUUCCUUUUCCCUGGGCUGGCGGUCGCGGGUGCGGGUGCGUACCUCGGGCAGAUCUACAUGGCCGGGCAACUCUCCGUGAAGCGGCUCAUGUCCAACGCCCGUGCGCCUGUCCUGGCACACUUUGGUGCUGCUGUUUCUGGUUUGGUGUCGAUUCGUGCGUUUGGGGCCGAGAGCAAGUUCAAGAGCGAGACGCUGAUACGGAUUGAUCGGUACACCCGUGCCGCGCGGAGCUUCUACAACCUGAACCGAUGGAUCUCAGUCCGGGUCGACUUCCUCGGCUCACUGUUCUCGGCGACGCUCGCCGCGUACCUGGUCUACGGCAAGCACACGAAUGCGGGCGACACGGGUUUCCUGAUCAACAUGGCGAUCACGUUCACGCAGAUGCUGCUUUGGGCCGUGCGGAUCUUCAACGACUUUGAGGUUCAGGGCAACAGUCUCGAGCGUAUCCAGGACUACAUCGACAUCGAGCACGAGAAGUCGCCCACGCCUGCGGGAGUGCCGCCGGCGUACUGGCCUGCUAGCGGAGAUCUGAGGGUGGAGAAUCUGAGCGCGCGGUACUCGCUGACUGGUCCGGAUGUGCUGCACAACAUCUCGUUUACGGUCAAGCCCGGAGAGCGGAUCGGCAUCGUCGGCCGAACUGGUUCUGGAAAGAGCUCGCUGACCCUGUCACUGCUCCAAUGUAUCCCGACUGACGGCAAAGUAUACUACGAUGGCAUCGACACGUCCACGCUGAAUCUGGACGCGCUGCGCUCCAGCAUCACCAUCAUCCCCCAAGUGCCCGAGCUUCUAAGCGGGACGGUCCGAUCGAACCUGGAUCCUUUUGGACAGUACGACGAUCUGGAGUUGAACUACGCGUUGCGCGCGGCGGGGCUGUUCGCGCUGCAGGACGAGCUGGACGAGGGAAGGAUUACGCUAGACAGCGCCGUCGCUGUUGGCGGCGGGAACUUGAGUGUUGGCCAGCGGCAGAUCUUCGCGCUCGCCCGGGCCAUCGUGCGGAAAAGCAAGGUGCUAAUCUUGGAUGAAGCGACGUCCGCGAUUGACUACAAGACGGACGCGAUCAUCCAGAACUCGUUGCGGCAGGAGCUGCACAACGAUGUGUCGCUGAUUACCGUGGCGCAUCGGCUGCAGACUAUCAUGGAUGCGGACAAAAUCAUGGUGCUCGACGCGGGCAACAUCGCUGAGUUUGACAGCCCGAAGGAGCUGCUGAAGAUCCCAGAUGGGAAGCUGCGGGCCCUGGUUGAGGAGUCGGGGGAGCGUGACGCGUUGUACGCGAUGGCGGGCGCGGACAUUUAAUCAGCAAAGUAGAGUAAGUAGUAUGUAGUUAGUCAGUGUUAGUAGUAGUUAGCAACACAUCUAUUCGUAAUUAGCACCGACUCAAAUUCGCU